AUGACUGAAAAAGUUAUCUAGAUAUUACUCUUGAUAAAUCAUGAAAUCUGUAUGAUACUAUUGCAAUAUGAAGGUAAUUAAUUUAAAAAAAAAUUGUUUUAGCCUUUCAAUAAAAUAUAACACUCAUCAUAAAAAUUAUUGAUUUAAUGAUUAUGGCAUUGUGUGCUAGAAUCUUAUAUUCUAUAAAAGAUCAAAAGAAAUCAGGGUAUCCUUUUUUAAUCCUUGGUAUAUUAAGAAUAUCAGCCUAACUAACUUUGAACUAUUUUUACAGACAAAAAAUUUUAUUAGUAAUUAUAAACUUAAAUCUCAUUCAUUCAGUAUUUCAAGAAUAAUUAGCAAAUGACUUCAGUUUGGCUAAAUUAACUCAUUUAUUUAUUAUUGGGAAUGUGUUUUUUGAAGAACAAUUUUCUCAUUAUUUUAUCAAUAAUCUUAUCAUUUCGUCAAAUUAAUUAUAAAUAAAAUUCUGAAAAGAAUCCUCAAAAGGAAUCAAAAGAUUUUGAUAUUUGUAUAUCAGCUUUACCUUAAAAAGAGUUUGAUCCUUAUAAAUCGGAAGAUGUGAAUAUAAAAGUCCUGUAUAUGGAGGAUUAUCUCCUUUGA